CGCCGUUUACUCUGUACCGUCAGUCCUCUCCUCCGAAGAUCCAUUCCCUUUGCGAGACUUCACCAGUCAGUUAGUCAUUUCCGACCGCCGCCUUCUCUCUCACACUCUUGUGCUCGACCAUGGCUAUCCCCGAAGAAGAAGAAGAACAACUGAAGAAUCAGACACCAAAUACAGACACGGAUGAGGAGGAGGAGGAUGAACUCUUCAAUGGCGACGACGACGAAUUCGAUGACGAUGAUGAUGAUGAAGAGGAACUUGAGAUUGAGGAUUCUAGCCCGCGUUCACAUAAGGCUAGAAUGGAGAAUCUAUUCCGGAGGAUAUCCACGGAGGGAGUGCCUCUGAGAGUCCACGACGUUAUCAUCAAGGGUAAUACCAAGACCAAGGAAUCGAUUAUCGAAUCAGAACUCGAAAGUCUUAGAGACGCAACUACUGUCCAAGGGCUUCUACAGGCUGCAAGUAUUGCUAAUUCUCGUCUUAAUCGUCUUGAUAUCUUUGAUUCUGUUAACAUUACCCUCGAUUCUGGCCCGCCGGAAUUGCCCGGCACCACCAAUGUUGUCGUAGAGGUUGUCGAGUUGAAAAACCCCCUCACUGGCGACUUUGGAAUCUUUUCAAAACCCGAGGCAAGAUCUUGGUCCCUUGAAGGAUCACUGAAGCUAAAGAACUUGUUUGGAUAUGGAGAUCUAUGGGAUGGGUCUCUAACUUAUGGAUGGGAUCAAACAUCUGAGGUUAGUGCUGGUGUUGCCUUACCCAGAUUGAAAGGAUGGUGGGCGCCUGUAAUGACUAGAGUGUCUCUUCUUUCUCAAGAUUGGAUGAAGUUUUCUUCUUAUAAAGAACGAGCAUUGGGCAUAUCCCUUGGCCUAAUAUCUACUAGAAACCAUGAACUGGCAUCAACCUUUUCUUGGCGUACUUUAACAGAUCCUUCCCAAAUGGCGUCCAGGGAUGUGAGGAGACAGCUAGGGCAUGGAUUGCUAUCCUCAUUAAAGUAUACCUUCAAAAUUGACAAGAGAAACUCACCUUUACGACCCACUAGUGGAUAUGCUUUUGUUUCAACUUCUCAUAUUGGAGGUCUUGUACCUGAUUAUCGGGCCCUGCGUACUAUCCGUCAGGAGUUUGACCUUCGUUAUUCUCUCCCAUUGGGAUUCUAUCAUGCUGCAAUAAAUGUGGGGGUCGCUGCUGGGGUAGUUUUCCCUUGGGGAAAUGGAGCCCUAAACACACCCUCAUACUUACCAGAAAGAUUUUUCUUGGGGGGGAAUUCGUCUCCAGUUUGUACUCUGGGAGGCCCAACAACGCUAUUGGGUUUCAAGUCUAGAGGACUUGGCCCUACUCAGCCAAGAAGAAGGCAAGUUGGAGAAAAUGGUGCUGCUGCUGAAAAUUCAGAAGACUCUUCUUCUGAAAGAGAUUAUCUAGGAGGAGACCUUGCUGUUACUGCUUUUGCUGAUCUUUCUUUUGACCUUCCAUUGAGGGUUUUCCGCGAAGCUGGCAUUCAUGGUCACCUCUUUGGUUGUGCUGGGAACCUAACAAAGUUAACUGAGAAUGCUUUCAGAUAUUUGUCUUUCCAGAGCUUCCGCGAUUCUUUCAGAAGCUCUGCUGGAUUUGGGAUCAUUGUGCCUACUAAAUUGUUCCGUAUGGAGGUUAACUACUGCUACGUACUGAAACAGCUGGAGCACGAUCGUGGCAAGACUGGCGUGCAGUUCAGCUUCUCUGCCCCGUUAUAAAAAUAAAAAUUGGGAGCUUAGAAGAGCGCUUCUUCUGGCAUGUAUUGAGAAUUUUUCAAACAUCAUUUAUUGUUGGCUUUUUUCGUUUCUGAGAAUCAGAGUAAUGUAAUUCAUCGUUACGGAUACACAACUCUUUAUGAAGUGUAAUUGUAGGGCAGACGGGGAUCAUCGGUCGAAAUAGAAAUAAGUGGCACUUUUAAAAUUCUAGGGUGACUUGUUGGAGUGUUUGAUUUGAUUAUGUUUCAUUUUGCUUGUGACCAAUGUUUGGAAAUUCUUAUUCUGCCAUUAACCUGCGUUUAAUUAUCUUAAAAAGU